UGUCAGUCAAACCUCCGCGGACUUUCAAGCAACGUUGUUGAUGACUUUAUGAUCGAACACCUGCGAAUAUCUACAUUUGACACGGAAAACAUCUUUACGCGUAAAGCUAAAAUGCCAAGAAAAAAGAGAAUACAUCCUGAACAUGAUGCCAAAGAGCAUGUGUUGACAGGCAAAGACAAAGCCUUCAUUGAGGAAAGACACAUCAAUUCAUUUAAAGGGAGAGGUUUAUUUGCGGUUGAACACAUUGAAAAAUCCACAUUUGUUGUACAGUAUCGUGGAAUUCUGUCUCAGAGUAAACAUGUUGAAGACAUUCAAGGCAACUACUUGUUUGAUUUCACAUGGAAUGGAAGACAUUAUUGCAUUGAUGCUUCAAAUGAGGAUGGAUCACUUGGACGAUUGGUGAAUGAUGACCACAUAAACCCAAACUGCAAAGUCAAAACCGUUGUGUUUAAAGAAAAGCCACACUUAUGCCUAUUUAGUAUUCGAGAUCUUUUUCCAGAUGAGGAUAUAACGUACAACUAUGGAGAUUCCUCUUGGCCAUGGCGAUCCAUGGAAUUGGGUGAUAAGAGCUCAGGGACUGCGGACGAUUGCAGUUUUCAACCAUCUUCAUCAGAGAAUCAAAGUGUUAUUCCUUCAUCAGAUAAAGAGAAAGUAAGUGAAGAUGUUUUUCUUCAGAACACUGAUGUUAUGUUAGAUGUUGAAAGCUUUUAUGUGCCAAACAUAUUGAUGGUUGUGCUCUUUCUCUCUCUCGGGCUGGUUGAUGUGUUGUCAAGCUUGUGCGAGGCAAUUGUCCAAUAAGGGACUAAGAACCCUUGUUACAAAAGGGGAAUUCAUGUUUGAAAAAGACUUUACAAAAUCUGUAGGAACCCCGAGGGAGUGUAUCGAGCACAUAAAUACUACGUUAUACCUCAAACUCAUUUUAUGACAAGUUGACUAUGUUAAGCAUGAGAAGUUUAUCAUUGUAAAGAAGUCAGAAAGCUUGAAAUAACUUGUUACUCCGACUUCAAAGAUGAAG